AUGCGUCUCUUCAGCAGAAAGAAAUCCCACAAGAGUGGUGAUGCGAGCCCGACCAUCAAGCCGUCUCAGUCCAAUGCGAGCCUGAAAUCUGGGCAUUCGAGUCUUAAAUCCCCCAUCGGAACGAACCCUAACGGAAACCGGACAUCUGGAGGAAGCACAAAUCCUUCAACUCCCAUGUCUCCAUUUUCGCCUGCCAACAUGCCCAAGGUUGAUAUGCCACGGCCCCCAGAUCCGCAGCUGGACCCUGCCGGCUACCUCAGAAGCCUGAAUGCUGUUCGCGAGAGGAGCAAGCUGGUCACUGAUAAGGCGUUAAGGAAUGACCUAAAGCACUUCGACGUUGAUAUGGGCAAGUUCCCCGACGUCGUCAGCUUCGUCUCCCAGAUUAUCAAGCGUGAUUACGAUGCUCCUUUCGCCAAUAUUCCCCCUCAUGGCCGCCAUCAACAUUUCUGUGUUGGCGGCCGAGAUCGUAUUGCCGCCUUGCUUUCUACGUUCCAGGAGGUUGACCUCUCCGAGAAGUGCCGUCGAUUAAUCGACCUAUACCUUGUGAGCGUCCUGCUUGAUGCCGGAGCAGGAACCGAGUGGAGCUACAAGAGCACGGAAAAUGGUCGUGUAUACCGCCGGUCUGAGGGCAUUGCUAUUGCUAGCCUGGAGAUGUUCAAGCAUGGAGUCUUUUCUGGCAACCCCAACAAUAAAUUCCAGGUUGACAAGAUAGGAUUGGCACAACUUACCCCCGAAAAGGUCGCCCAAGGUCUCCAAUCGAGGCCCGGAAACCUCAUGGCCGGGGUUCCUGGACGAGCUGAUCUCCUUGUCCGACUGUCGAAGGCUUUGGAUGAAAAGAAGGAGUAUUUCGGCGAAGAUGGGAGGCCUGGAAACAUGAUUGAAUACUUGCUCUCGCACCCUUCAACACAGGCCACUUCUAUGCCUAUCGUGCCGCUCCCCGUUCUAUGGAAUGUUCUAAUGGAUGGUUUAAUAUCUAUCUGGCCUCCUUCCCGAACUACUAUCAACGACAUCCCCCUCGGUGAUGCCUGGCCUUGCCAAUCUCUACCCCAGCCCACCGCAAGUCCCACGACUGCCACCUUCUCGCCAUUCCCCCAAUCCGGAGCCUCGUCGACGGCUCCCUGGGAGUCUAUUCUUCCUUUCCACAAGUUGACGCAAUGGCUCUGCUACAGUCUAAUGCAGCCGAUGCAAUCCUUGCUACGCAUUCACUUUGCAGGAACGGAGCUCCUCACCGGUCUCCCCGAAUACCGCAAUGGUGGUCUAUUCAUUGAUCUAGGUGUUUUGACGUUGAAGGCGGCUGACGCGGAGAGGGGUUUGGACAAUUACGCCGAACACUGCCGCGUCACUGGCAGCAAGGGCGUUGAAGUGGCACCCAUGUUCCAACCCGGCGACGAUGUGGUGGUUGAGUGGCGGGGCGUAACAGUUGGCUUCCUAGACAUCCUCUGCGUGGAAGUCAACAAGGCGCUGAGGAGCGAGCUUAAUGGUAAUGAGUUGUCACUCCCACAACUCCUCGAGGCUGGAAGCUGGAAGGGUGGUCGAGAGAUUGCCGAAGUCAGCCGGCCAAACACGAAGGAGCCGCCGAUUUUGAUCGACACAGAUGGAACUGUUUUCUGA